AUGGCAAAAAAUGCAUCCCUCGGCCUCGGCGCCCUCGCCCUGCUGGCGGGCUCGCUCGUCAUGCUCUUCUUCGUCAUCCUCUCCGGCGUAACCGACACCACGCCUCUCGACAAGACCUACUUCCUGCGCGCCGACACCAAGGGCAUCACCGGCGCCCGCGACACGACGCAAUGGACCUACUUCUACAUGUGCGGCCUCGACAACCAGGACUGCGGUAUGGCUCACGCCGCGCCCCCCUUGGGAUACGCCUGGGGCGCCAACGCCGACAAUGCGCCUGCCGCCCUUGUUGGCAGCCACGGCGGCGAGACAACCUCGUUCAAGUUCUUCUACCUGUGGCGCUUCGGCUGGGUCUUUCUUAUCAUGACCCUCUUCUUUGAGAUCAUGGCCUUCUUUACCAGCUUCCUCGCCUGCUGCGGCCGCUUAGGCUCGGCCAUUGCAUUCUUUGUCGCCACCAUUGCGCUCCUGUGCUCCGCUGUCGGCGUGUCUCUGAUGACUGUCACGUUCGUCCAAGCCCGCAACAGGUUUCUCGAGGAAGGUCGCGACGCCAGUCUCGGCAGAUAUGCCUUCGGCUUCUUAUGGGGCUCGUUCGCCGUGCUCCUCAUCGCCAACGUGCUCUUUGGGCUGGGCAUGCGUGGCGGCAAGGAUCGCUCAGGCGACCUCUGGCGCAAACGCAGCACACGGAGCGCUCGCAGCCACCGCAGCCGGUCCUAUGACGGCCGACGUGUCAAGGACGACUACUCGUAA